GGGAGCUGCUGGGGCGGGAGGCGCGAUGGCCGCGGACGGGAUGGAGGCGCGGGCGCUGCAGUAUGAGCAGACCCUGAUGUAUGGCCACUACACUCAGGACCUGGGAGCCUUUGCCAAGAAGGAGGCGGCACGUGUCCGGCUGCAGCAGGAGCGCCGGAAAGCCCUCCUGAAGGAGCACACCCACGGGCCGGAGCUGCUGGAGUACGACCAGAGCCGCUGCGCCCGCUGCCGCAUCUGCACCGUGCGAUGCCAGAAGUUCCUCAUCUCCAAGGUGGGCGAGGACUGGAUCUUCCUCAUCCUGCUGGGGCUGGUCAUGGCGCUGGUGAGCUGGGCCAUGGACUUCACCAUAGCCACCUGCCUGCAAGCCCAGAAGUGGAUGUACGGGGGCUUGGACACCAACAUCUUCCUGCAGUACAUGGCCUGGGUCACCUACCCUGUGGUGCUCAUCACCUUCUCAGCUGGCUUCACUCAGAUCCUGGCCCCGCAGGCUGUGGGCUCAGGCAUCCCCGAGAUGAAGACCAUUCUACGAGGUGUGGUGCUGAAGGAGUAUCUCACCCUCAAAACCUUUGUGGCCAAGGUCAUCGGCCUGACCUGUGCGCUGGGCAGCGGGAUGCCCCUGGGCAAGGAGGGGCCCUUUGUCCACAUUGCCAGCAUGUGCGCUGCCCUGCUCAGCAAAUUCCUCUCCCUCUUUGGAGGCAUCUACGAGAAUGAGUCCCGCAAUAUCGAGAUGCUGGCGGCUGCCUGUGCCGUGGGCGUCGGCUGCUGCUUUGCUGCCCCCAUUGGAGGCGUCCUCUUCAGCAUCGAGGUCACGUCCACCUUCUUUGCCGUCCGCAAUUAUUGGCGUGGCUUCUUCGCUGCCACCUUCAGUGCCUUCAUCUUCCGCGUGCUCGCCGUGUGGAACAAGGACGAAGAGACCAUCACGGCUCUGUUCAAAACCCGCUUCCGGCUGGACUUCCCCUUCGACCUGCAGGAACUGCCUGCCUUUGCUGUCAUCGGGAUUGCCAGCGGCUUCGGAGGGGCACUCUUCGUCUACCUCAACCGCAAGAUUGUCCAGUUCAUGCGCAAGCAGAAGACCAUCAACCGCUUCCUGAUGAAGAAGCGCCUGCUUUUCCCCGCGCUGGUCACUCUGCUCAUCUCCACGCUCACCUUCCCGCCUGGCUUUGGACAGUUCAUGGCCGGCCAGCUCAGCCAGAAGGACACCCUGGUGACCCUGUUUGACAACCGCACCUGGGCCAAGCAGGGCCUGGCUGAGGAGUUCGAGUACGUUGGCAUCUCUGAGGCCUGGAAGCACCCACAUGCCAAUGUCUUCGUCACUCUGGUGGUUUUCAUCCUCAUGAAGUUCUGGAUGUCAGCCCUUGCCACCACCAUCCCAGUGCCCUGUGGAACCUUCAUGCCCGUCUUUGUCAUUGGGGCGGCCUUCGGGCGGCUGGUAGGGGAGAGCAUGGCAGCCUGGUUCCCAGAUGGCAUCCAUGCUGACAGCAACACCUACCGCAUCGUGCCGGGGGGCUACGCCGUGGUAGGAGCGGCCGCGCUCUCCGGCGCUGUCACCCACACAGUCUCCACCGCCGUGAUCGUCUUCGAGUUGACGGGCCAGAUCUCCCACAUACUGCCCGUGAUGAUCGCUGUCAUCCUGGCCAACGCCGUGGCCCAGAGCCUGCAACCCUCGCUCUACGACAGCAUCAUCCGCAUCAAGAAGCUGCCAUACCUGCCUGAGCUGGGCUGGGGACACCAGGAGAAGUACAACGUGCGGGUGGAGGACAUCAUGGUGCGGGACGUGCGUUACGUCACCUUGAACUCCAAGUACCGCGACCUGCAGGAGGUGCUGUACAGCACCCAGCUGAAGAGCCUGGCGCUGGUGGAGUCAGCUGAGUCCAUGAUCCUGCUGGGCUCCAUCGAGCGGGCCCAGGUGGCGGCGCUGCUGAGCGGCCAGUUGGGCUACCAGCGCCGCCUGCAGUACAUGCAGGAGAGGGCACAGGUCGGGAGGACGAGCAUCGCCGAGAAGCCCCAGGACGAGGCCGACCACAAGGCCUCCGACACGGGAGUGCGGUUCCAGAUAGGCACAGAGGAAUCGUCAUCGGCCCCGCCACACGGAGAGUCCCGCAAGCCCCUGAAGCCGGCGCUCAAGCGAGGUCCCAGCAGCUUGGUGGAGAGCCCCACAGCUGGGAGCCCAGAUCACUCAGGCAUUUCCCUCAAGAGCCUCUUCUGCACCAACACCGCCCCGGAGCCCGCUGAGGUGAGUGCCCCUCUGCCCCCCAUGCUGAGGGCAUUCCCCGCCGCCAUGGCACCUUGGCCCCUGCUCUGUGCCCAGCCCCCACCCGAGGUCCUGGGGCAGUGGAGCCCGGCCAGGAUGCUGUGGUUUCCCGUAAUGCCUCUGUCUUCUCUCCUGUUUUUCUCGUGGCUAAAAAGGCUGAGAAUUCAGCACCACCCGAAAAGCGCAAGUCGAAGCGCGUCCGCAUUUCCAUCGCAGUAAGUGUGUGCCACGCCUCGGCCAAUCACAGACCAGGCGCCACCCUCCCCCAUACUGUGCUGAGGGCACCCCACAGCUCAACCCAUCUGCAGCCUCCCUUGGGAUUUCCAUCUGCAGAGCUCUUCCCGGCACUCGUUAAUUCAUCACCAAUCCGUGCCAGGGCCAGCUGUGAGGUCACCGCCCCUGCUUACAGGUGGGGAAACCGAGGCGCAAACAUGGGGAGGGACCAGUCAGCGGCUGAACCAGGGAUAGAACCCAGGAGUCCUGUCUCCUAGCACACGAAUGAUGAUCAGGGUGGCCCAAGGAGCAGAAGCAUCUCCGUGUUGCAGAGACUGGUCCCAGCCGCUGCCUGUCCUGCCCCCAUACAGCCUGUCUGCCACUUGCAGAGGAAGGACAAGGGAGCAGAAUUCCUAUGCCCAUCCCCACUCCAGUCCUGAAGCCACCUCGAGCUCUGGGGACUUUCAGCACAGUAUGGUCCCUGAUCUGACCCGUCCCCCCAUUUCAACCUAUCCCAGCUGAUCUGUUGGGAGCCUGAUAACGCUCCUUCCAACCGACCAAUCCAGCAACGAUCUACUCGUACCAGCAAAUCGGAAAUCAAUACCUCUCGAUCUGAUCUGAUUCCCCUCUCCCAGCUGAUCCAAUGGGAGCCUUUUAACGCUCCUUCCAACCGACCAAUCCAGCAACGAUCCACUCAUACCAGCCAAUCGGAAAUCAGUGCAUCCUUGAUCAUUGUGCCUUCUCCUGCUGAUCUACCUCCCCUCCCCGCAACGAGAUCACCUGAUUCGUGCCUGUGGGUGCUCCCAUCGCGGCGGGGCAGUGGAGCCGGUGCCUUUCUGGCCUGGGACCAGCCAGACUGCAGAGACGGUUCAGGGAGCCCCUGAGGGACAGAGGAGCAUGGCUGAGGGCAGGCCAGGCUGUGAGCAGCGAGGGGCAAAGGGCCGUGUGAUGUGUUCCUAGAGCCAGGCGCCCCCAACUACCUGCAGCCCCUUGUGAGGGGCACAGUGCCUCAGA